CCACCUCUCUCUCCCUCUCUCUCUCUCUCACAGUCACACACACAGACCGAAUAGAGACUGAGAGCAGAGCACGUCCGCCCGGGGAGACAGAGCCAGAGCUCCGCAUAGCGUUACUGCUGCGACCCAGUCGGUCUUUUUCAAAUGGAUGUCUCCUCCCUUAGCGCCCUUUGACACUGCGCCGUGCUGCUGUACUCGCGUUCAGCACGAGAAGCUCCUCGUCUCUGGCUUUUUUUAUUUUAAUUAUUAUUAUUUUUGUAAUGUAACUGGUUUAUCUUCUCGACGACGCGGAGAGAACCACACUCCCCCCCCUCUCUCUACCAUCGUUAGCCCGCUAAGCUACCUAGCCCGCUAACUCCGCCGUUAUACUUUGCACCGUAUCUGGCUCGUAGUUAGCCAGCCUGCGGUCUCCUGCGCCACGGCGGCGGAUUGAGGUGACCCCGUCACUCUGGGAGCAUGUUUGAGUGACACGCAAAAGAGGAAGUGGGAUCUCUGAAGCCCCGCCUCCGUCUGCUGGUGGAGCAUCCUGCGCACCUGAGAGCCCUUAAAUCACUUGGAAAGGAUGCGGAGGUUUGCCUACUGUAAGGUGGUUUUGGCCACCUCUCUGGUCUGGGUGAUGCUGGACAUGUUCAUUCUGCUCUACUUCAGCGAGUGCAACAAGUGCGACAACAAGAAGGAGAGGGGACUGCCUGGGAGAGACGGUAGAUACACCCUGUCCAGACCGCGAGACGGGCCCGGCGAAGGGGGGAAGCCUGUGGUGAUCCCUAAAGAGAAUCAGGAGAAGAUGAAGGAGAUGUUCAAGAUCAACCAGUUCAACCUCAUGGCCUCCGAGAUGAUCGCCCUCAACCGUUCGCUCCCCGACGUGCGCCUCGAAGGGUGCAAGAACAAGUUGUACCCUGAUAACCUUCCUCGGACCAGCGUGGUGAUUGUAUUCCAUAACGAGGCCUGGAGCACCCUGCUCCGGACGGUCCACUCCGUCAUCGACCGCUCUCCUCACACGCUGCUGGAGGAGAUUGUCCUGGUGGACGACGCCAGCGAGAGAGAUUUCCUAAAACGGCCGUUGGAGCAGUACGUCAGGAGGUUGGAGGUCCCUGUCAGAGUGGUGAGAAUGGAGCAGCGGUCUGGACUCAUCCGCGCUCGCCUCAAGGGAGCGUCCCUCUCCACUGGCCAGGUCAUAACCUUCCUGGAUGCUCACUGUGAAUGCACAAUAGGCUGGCUGGAGCCUCUGCUCGCCCGCAUCAAAAAUGACAAGAAAACGGUGGUGUGCCCCAUUAUCGACGUUAUCAGUGACGACACGUUCGAGUACAUGGCGGGAUCUGAUAUGACGUACGGAGGCUUCAACUGGAAGCUGAACUUCCGCUGGUACCCUGUGCCUCAGAGGGAAAUGGACCGGCGCAAAGGAGACCGCACGCUGCCUGUCAGGACCCCGACCAUGGCAGGUGGCCUGUUCUCCAUAGACAGAGAUUAUUUUCAGGAGAUCGGCACGUAUGACGCGGGCAUGGACAUCUGGGGUGGAGAGAACCUGGAAAUCUCUUUCAGAAUCUGGCAGUGCGGUGGCACCCUGGAGAUCGUCACGUGCUCUCACGUGGGCCACGUGUUCAGAAAGGCGACGCCCUACACGUUCCCCGGGGGCACGGGUCAGAUCAUCAACAAAAACAACCGGCGCCUGGCAGAAGUCUGGAUGGACGAAUUCAAAAACUUCUUCUACAUCAUCUCUCCCGGUGUGACUAAAGUCGACUACGGUGACAUCACGUCUCGUAAUUCUCUGAGACAAAAGCUUCAAUGUAAACCCUUCAGCUGGUAUUUGGAGAACGUCUACCCUGACUCCCAGAUCCCGAGGCACUACUACUCCUUGGGAGAGAUCCGUAACGUGGAGACGAACCAGUGCCUGGACAACAUGGCCCGCAAGGAGAACGAGAAGGUCGGCAUUUUCAACUGCCACGGCAUGGGAGGCAACCAGGUUUUCUCCUACACGGCCAACAAGGAGAUCAGGACGGACGACUUGUGCCUGGACGUGUCGAAGCUAAACGGACCCGUCAUGAUGCUCAAGUGCCAUCACCUCAAAGGCAACCAGCUCUGGGAUUACGACCCUGUGAAGCUGACUCUGAUCCACGUCAACAGCAACCAGUGUCUGGACAAGGCCAGCGAGGAGGACAGCCAGGUCCCCAGCGUCAGAGACUGCACGCACUCGCGCUCCCAACAGUGGCUGCUCCGCAACGUCACACUACCAGAGGUCUUCUGACCUCCCUCCGCACACGCACACACUCACACACACAGCGGCCCAGAGUAAGCAACCAGGAGAGAGGACGUGUUUAUUGGAAUCGGGCACCCGGCGAGGAAAGACUUCCCGUGGGGGGGGGGUUUGGGAAGAGAGGAGGACGGACCGGACGGUACUACCUCUGCGAGAGAUCAGGGGGAAGAGUGUGUGUUCGACCCUCCUCGCAGCGAGAAGAGAAGAGAGACUCCCUCUAAGAGACGGUGGCUGUUUUACAUUCAUUUUGUUUUUUAAGGACGUUUAAAGCGCGGAGAGUGACCCCGCUCUCGCGCGCGUUCAUGAGACUGGCUGUUGGAGUCGACGUUCUGCACCCGCGGCUUCCCCGGACAAAGCAGUCCAACCCUUCAACUCAUUACUUAACGUUUACUGACUGCCUCUUACGAGCGAGAGUGUGCGUGCACUUAUUCGUGUGUGUGUGUUCUCCGAGAUGAAUGUAUGUGUUGAGAGGACUCCUGAAGAUUUUGUUGAUUUCUUCUUUUUUUUAUUUAAUUUUUGUUUUUAACGGAUUUUGAAAAUGAACUCUUAUGAAGAAGGAUGCACGUGUAAGUGUGUGUGUGUGUGUGUGAGUGUGAGUGUGAGUGUGAGUGAGAGUGAGUGACUGUCUGUCUUGUGUGCGCGCGUGUGUGCCUCAGAGCUCCUCCUACAGUCCUACUGCAGCAGCGUGUGUCUCCCUCUGGUGUUACUCCUUGGCAUUUCAUCUGACAGACUGAAGCCUCCACACAGAGGAGUUUCUAAGGGACAGCACAUCGAGGAAUUAAAAAAAAAAAAAAACAUCAGAAGAAUCCGACAUCUGCCAUCAGCAGAGAUCUAGAGAUAGAAAUAUGAUGUUUGUGAUAUCUUGAGAUUUCUAUGUCCAGUUUUUACAUGGCUUGUCUGUUUCUACUGUUCCAGUAACCCUAGUUUGUCCGUCUCCGUUGUCUCUAAAGAUGUUUAACAUAGAGCUAACGCACAUGCUUAUAUAACUGAUGUUCACUGCCUAACGUAGUGGUCAACCAUAAGGCACUACAGUCACACACAGACACACACACACACACACGCUGUAUACAUAUAGGAAAAAGGCUUCCGUGGCCUUGCUUAAAUCCAUCGUCAUAUCUUCUUCUCGAUGACCUCUUUUAAAAAACAAAAAAGAAAAGAAAAAUGAACACUCCAAGGGCUUCUUUCCUCCAGUGGAGUGUGUGUGUGGAUGCGUCUGUGUGGGUGUGAAUGCUUCCUCAGUACUGAGUCCAUCAGCUCCCUCUUUACUGGAACAAACAGCGCUCAGAUCCUCACUGUUGGGGAAACCAAGAGUUCGUAGCGUAGACCUGCAGCAGAUCCUCCCAGCUUCCUCCUUAAAAAGCUGUUCUUUUCUAAAACGGAGUCCGCUCUCUCUUCAGCGGACGCAUCUAAAAUAGGAAAUCAGUCGUUGAAGGACAUUAGGGACGUCGGAGCGAGAGUCGAUCAGGGACAGAGUCGAAACUGUGGAUCACAGAGAGCGCAGCAGCAGCAGCGGACAUAUCUUAACCCCGUGAGCGCAUAUCAAGUUUAGCGAGCUCGCUGCAGCGUCUCACUCUUCAUAUCUCAGCGAGAGGUGGACGACGGGCGGCCAAACGGUGUGUCAUCCUCACGUCAGCCAUCAUGCUUCCUUUAUCUUUCUUAUUUAGCAUCUCUCCUGCCGCUGCGAGUCGGAGCACGAGAGGUCACUUCAUAACAUUUCAGCUUCCUCCAGUGGAGGAAGGGUUUACACAUAGGACACGUCAUUGGUUCAUCUUGGUUGUGGACACGUUAGCGAGAGCUUGUUUUUCAUGUCUGAGCGAGUGACUGUGGUGGAGAUGUGGGACGGACGGAGUGUAACGAUUGCUCUGAUUUUUUUUUUUUAUUAUUAUUUUAUUUUUUGUUGUUGUUUUUUGGACGGGGUGGGGCGGGGGUUGAAAGUAACUGACAUGUCCAGGCUUCCACACUGAGCUGAUCCAAAUGUAGAAAAUAAAGGUGAAAAAGUUUACAGAA